CUCCCUCUUCCUCGGCGCUGCCUCCGUGGUGGCUGCCAUCUCCUACUCGGUGAGUCCCAAUCGUUCCCCAUCCGUCUUCUUAUGGUCCCCAUCAGGCCUCAUCGCUCCCUGGCAUCAUGGCUGCCCUCAGACCUCUGGUGAAGCCCAAGAUCGUGAAAAAGAGGACCAAGAAGUUCAUCCGGCACCAGUCAGACCGCUAUGUCAAAAUUAAGCGUAACUGGCGGAAACCUAGGGGUAUUGACAACCGAGUGCGGAGACGAUUCAAGGGCCAGAUCUUGAUGCCCAACAUCGGUUACGGGAGCAACAAGAAAACAAAGCACAUGCUGCCCAGUGGCUUCCGGAAGUUCCUGGUCCACAAUGUCAAGGAGCUGGAAGUGCUUCUGAUGUGUAACAAAUCUUACUGUGCCGAGAUCGCACACAACGUUUCCUCGAAGAACCGCAAAGCCAUCGUGGAAAGAGCGGCCCAGCUGGCCAUCAGAGUCACCAACCCCAACGCCAGGCUGCGCAGUGAAGAAAACGAAUAGACGGCCCACGUGUGUGUUUUAUUUGUGCUUAAAUAAACCUUCAAAAACUGUCA